GAACACCGAGAACAAAAGAGAGAUUAUAUUGCAACGCACAUCAUAUUCCUGMGUCCCAUGAAGAAAUAAACCAAAAACAGUGCACAUCGURUUCUUCCUCCCACUCUUUACCCCUCCAAAGUAUUUUACGCACGACAUUGCAAACGACGAGAGCCUACCGAGGAACACGAAGAAACCCAAAUAGAUAGAUCGAUGCCGAAGGCACUAGCAAAGAAAGGCAAGCCUGCUGCUACCAGGAAAGGCGAAGGAAAGAAAAGGAACGUCAACAACUCCUCUUCCAAGAAAGAACGAAAACCAAGAUCGGAAACAUAUGUUGUGUGCCCCUACACCGACCAAAAAGUCUGGAUAUCGAAGGCGACGGUCAGCGACUUGAAGCCAUCGGGCAAAAACACCAGCAACAUCCACAAGAACGACAGCAAGAAACGUCUCUGGACGAUUUCUUCCUCGCAGAUCCGCCACGAUCACUAUGCAGAGGUGGCACAGGCCCUUAGCAUUUACGAACAAAAUCUCCUCCCGAGCUCGGGGGGGCGGUCGUGGGAAGUCACGGUCCAGCUCUCGGAGCCAAAUGCCCGCAUUUUAUUUCGAUCCUGGAAGGGGCGGAUGGAGGUGCGUAUGCAGAUGUAUUGUAUUGUGUUGUACGGUACUUUACUGUACUGUACGUUGCCAAUUCGACAUGAAUUGUUUUCUAGAGUUUCGUACCAUUGUUUGGUUUUGUAAGCACUAAUAAAGUGUUGAAUGAAUCUUUAACGGAUGUGUCGAUAUAUUAUGGAUCAGCUGGCUUGUUUACCACACUUGAUCGAUCGCAUACCUCGACCGCCAGUAUGGCCCGGAAAACGAAAUCAACCGGCCGACGAUUACCGAGCUAUGCAAGGCGAAGAGGAGGAUGUAGAAUACACGUACGACGGAGGCCGAAAACGAAUCAAAAAGAAUACCAAACAGGAUUACAUAAAGGGAUUGACAAGCCGGGAGAUAUCUAUGCUUAGUCAGGUCGCAUGGGACGUUCUCAAACCAAAGUAUGAUCAUCCGGCACCUACCGUGACGAUCAAGUGGAAGUCUCCGGACGCCAAGACCUUUACCUCCCGAAAGUCGGCCUGGGAACACGCUACCAAGCUCUCCAAACAAGAAGUUGCCAUCGAUCGAAACCUAUUGGGCAUUGGAGCAUCAGGAAAACUUUUGAAGGAAUUUUUCCCAUCUGCCAAAACUGCCAUCGAAGUCGGAAAGAUGCGGUUCGAAAGGGACGGCUUGUGGGUAGUUGGGCAAGAGAAUUCAUGGCAGGCCGAUCGAGAGGACGAACUGAUGCUCCAAGACCAGGAGAGAGAAGAAGCAGCUGCGUCGAAGGUUUACACCAGCGGCCUCCAGCUAUACGUGGCCGAAAACCGGCAUUCCUACCGUGACGAGCACGGGACAAAUCUUGUGGAGGCCGACAAGGCCCUGCGGCACCAAUGGAGGUGUCUCCCACCMAAGGAACAGGAGCGCUGGAACGACAAGGUCCAAGAACAAUUUGAAGACGACGAAGAUUCGUCUGAASAUGAUUCUUCGUCGGAAGAAGAGGGCGGAGAAAGUGGCAAUGACAAGGACACAACUAAUCCAGUAGCUACCAAGGACGACAACACUGACUCCGAUAGCGAAAGCGACGAUGAAUCCUCGGUGGAGGUUAUUUCACACUAUCAAUAUUUUUUGCGGCAACGUCGCCACAAUUACCGACACGAACAACAGAUGAAAUUAGAAGCCAUCGCUGCCAACAGCAAAGGCACAAAGAGAACGAGGUUCACUCUAGCUCAGGCAGACAAGGAACUCAAACAGCAAUGGAGGGAAAUGGAAGAGGAGCAACAAGACGAAUGGAUUGCAAAACUGAAACGAAUGGAAGAAGAAGAAGAAGAAGAAGUAAAUGAAACGAAGAACGGAAUGAAACAGCAACUGCACCAACCACAAUCAGAAAACUCGGGGGACGAAAUACUUAAUUUAGAUGCUGGAGUCGUUACAGCUGCUGGAGAAGAAACCGAAGCCAAAAUUAUUGUGGAAAACACCGAUUUUCAUUUUCGACACCCAAUUACAACAGCAGGGAUAGCAAUGGAUCACGGGGAGAUGGAGAGUUCGAAUUUUGAAGAAGAGAAGAAAAUAGACGACGAUGACCAGUUCGCAGCAACACCGACCGAGGAGAUCGCCAAAUCGAGCGGGAAAAAAUCUAAAAGGAAGCCGCCAACUAAAACGAAACAGAGGGCGAAGACUACCAAAACCCCGUCAACGACCAAACCAACGACGAAGGCAUCGACCAGAAAAAAGAGGCAGUCGACGCCAAAGUAUUGUCUCAAGCCGGAUCAAAUCAAUCAGUGCCACGAGGCCUGCAUGGAGCACUACGAAACCGUGAUGCGAACGGUCAAGACACGAGACUUGUCCAGGGAACUCGCAGACGGCUUUGAUGUGCUCCGGGAACGCGGUCACGGACGCUUCGAUAUGGAACUGCCAGCCUUUGACGACCCUGGCUUUGACUUUUUGACCGACCUGGGCAAGACUCCCUGGAUGCCCAUCGUGCGAGCCAUUCUAGGACAGGAUGCGGUUCUCAUCCACAAGGGGUGUUUCAUGUCCCUCCCCGGUGCCGGUUCGCAGGUCUACCACCAGGACGGAGUCCACCUCACCACACAGAGCCAGCGGCCCUGCCACGCCAUCAACGUUUUUGUUCCUUUGGUGGAUCUGCAUUCCCGGAACGGCCCCACGGAGUUUGUCCUGGGAAGCCACGUGCUGGGGCACGAUGGGUACGACCGCGACUUUCUGGAAACCCCAAAGCCGACGGCCGGUACCCCGGUCGUCUUUGACUACCGCUUGGGGCACCGCGGACUGGGCAACUCGAGCACCGGCUGCCGGCCUAUUGUGUACUGCACCUACGCCCGGGCUGCCGACGGGAGGGCCUUUCGCGACUCGGUCAACUUUUCCCGGAAGCGAUACCACAAGAUCGGCGAGCUCUCCGCCAAGCCACUGUCCAGGGAGGAGCGGCGGAACAAGCGGAAACGGUCCAUCGAGUCGGCCCGCGAGAAGAAGGAACUCGACCAGACCAUCGCCCUCUCGGCGACGGAAACGGAGACGCCCGUUGUUGCCGGGGAGGAGCCACUGUCGGUGACGGUUGUGGAUUCGUCUGUCUGCGAGGCUGGGCCAGCUUCCAUCGAGAGCCAGAAAAGAGUCAAAGAAGACCCACGUAUGGCCGAGGAUGGAAUUGCAGAGGCGAAGGAACCAGAAGUCGAAAACACGCCGGCAUGAUUGUCUCUGCCGUUGCCUUCCUCAAGCGCACGUUAACGCAACGAGAGAAGGCCAUUGACUGUGUCAAGAGUGUGUCCUUUGUUUCUCUUUUGCAUGCACCGAGUCCCGAGUUUGGGCUUGGAGAGAUCCGACAAAAGACUAUAAACGAUGUUGACCAUU